ACAUAUACUGUAAAUGAUACAGUCACUGCAAGACACUGAAAAUCUUUUAGGUGCAUGGGUUACUGCUCAUGAAGUGUCCAUAUAUGUAGAGCCCAUCACUGGCAUCGGUUUUUCUACCAGUAUUCUGGAUUUUCUGCAGGAAACUGCAUGCCUUGACUGUGGUAUGUAAGGUGCAAACAACAGGUCUCUGUUAAGGCUCUUAGCUGUCUGGGUGAGAUGGUUGAGUUUGUCUAUUGAAAUGACAAGGUCUUGCCAAUGGGUGGUACUUGGCUAGGAUGAACAGCUUCUCUGUUUUCAAUAAAUUCAAACGAUUCAGACAGAAAUGUUUGCUAGACAUGGCAUGAAACCUGUUUGUCAAAGGGCAGAAUUAGAGAUUUAAUGAAGUAUCAUUUGCAUGAGCAUAAUAGAGAAAGCCAUUAGAUUUGAUAUAUUUGCUUGUGAUUUGAUGUAAAGAGAAAUUAAAAGUGGCCCUAGUACUGAUCCCUGUGGAACUCCAGUUGAUGUGAAGAUAAAGUGGAUUAUUUCCAUUAUGAUACUAUGAUGAUAAACAAACACAUGGACCAACAUAUAAAAGAGCACACUCGAUAACACUUAAUUUUAUGGUGCCCUUGUUACACGUUACAUGUACUUACUAUUAUAUUAACAAUUAAUUAUGCAUAAUUACAUGCAGCUAACCCUAAAUCAAACCCUCAUCCUCACACUAACCAUACAGUAAGUACAUGUAAUAUUACUCAAUACUUAAAUGUAUAAUUGCACUGUAACAAGGACACCUUAAAAUAAAGUGUAACCACACACUUUUUUAGUUUAUGAUCUCAAAUUGGAAAAUUAUGUGAUAUGACUAGUUCCCAUUUCUAAUAAAAGUCUUGUAUUUUAAAUAUAUUUAUUUUAAUAAUUAUUCUAAUAUGACGUUUUCAGCAGGAGGGCUAUUAAAGCUAAUAUCUGACCUUUAUUUAUUUAUUUUUUUAUGCUUGGUCCAACAAAUCCCUAUAUCAGCCUUGGUCUCUCCUAAAGCUCGUCUGUGUCUUGAAUAUUCUCCACAGGGAGGCGUCAUGCCAUGCACAUGGUAAACCAAGCUUUUAUACCAAUUAAAGUCUAUAUAACUUAAAAAUAGCAUGGAAUUUGUUAAUAAAUAAUAGCAUGUAAUGUAGUUUUCUUUUAAGUACUAUUCAUAAAUAUAAUUUAUAAAACAAAAUUUAAUAGCCUAUAUAAUGUAUUUUUGUAAUAUAUAUUUAUGAAUAUUUUACAAUUCUAAAUAAUGUAGCAAUUUAUUUUUAAGCAGCGUGAAAAAGUAAAAAACUAAAAUAAACAGAUUCAAGUCAUGUUUCAAAUAAUUCGACCGCAUUUUAAGUCUACUUAGAUGUGGUGACUCAUUAGCUGUUGACAUCAGAGCACGCUCUGCUGAAACUCCACCUCGCUUUCUGGUUACGGUCGUUUGGAAGUGUAUGGGCUGUGCGUAAAAGUGCGACUUCACUAUAAGUAUGGAUCCCAAUUAUUCUCUGCUAUGAUAUUUGGUUUUCUUUCAAUUCAAAUUUACCCCAAACUGGAUAAUACAGAAACAAAGUUUUUUUUUAUGGCGCCAAGCCUGAAAAACGAGCAUUGCCGCGAGCAGCCCACAGUUUCUGAUGGAUCUCCUACAACAUCUGCGAUUAUGUUUUCCGCCGGCGUCCUUGGGAACGUGGUCGCCCUAAUUCUCUUGGAAAUACGGCGGAGGAAGCAACCCGCAUCUUUGUUCCAAGUCCUGGUCACAUCUUUGGUCUUCACAGAUUUGCUGGGAACCUUCUCCGUCAGUCCUCUGGUUUUAACCUCGUACUUGAGGAAUGAAUCUUUGAUUGGGAUGAGUGAAAACCGAUUGGUUUGCGGACACUUUGGAUACGCCAUGACUUUUUUCAGUAUGGCCACCCUAGCCAUUCUUCUCUCCAUGGCAGUGGAGCGCUGGCUCUCCAUCGGACAUCCUUACUGUUACGAGAAGCGCAUGAGUAAACGCUGCGGGUACAUCACCAUCGCGCUCAUAUACCUGCUGUGCGCUCUUUUCAGCGCCUCACCUUUCCUCGGUUUCGGGAAGUAUGUUCAGUACUGUCCCGGAACGUGGUGCUUCAUUGACAUGCACGCGAGCGAGCACAAGGUGUUCAAUAUCAUCUACGCGUCUUGUUUGCUCGUCAUGAUAUUGUGUACGGUUUUGUGCAACAUGUCCGUGAUCUAUCACCUUUCACUCAUGUAUCGAAGACGCAAAGCGCACCGGAGCUCUGUCCGACGGCAGCGAGGGCACAGGCAGCGGUCCAUCGCGAAGGAGGUGGAACAUCUUGUGCUGCUCGGGUUCAUGACAAUAGCAUUCGUCAUCUGCUCUCUUCCUCAUGUGAUUCAAGUGUACCUCAAUACUUGUUGCGACCGAGGUCAUCACAAUGAUCGCAUACCCCUUCUUUUAGCAUCGGCCAACCCCAUCAUAGACCCCUGGGUCUUCAUCAUCCUCAGUCCCCCAGUGCCUCGUCUGCUUUGGGAAAAGAUGUGCAAGAAUGCAAAAUGCAAACCCACGCAGGAGAAGGUCCGUAGCAUCCAUCCAGUCCUGUAUCAGUCAAAGCCACCUGGAGAUUCAGAAGGAGGCAGUGUGAUGAAAGUCUACACAGGAAUUCCUGGAACUGCUGACUCCUGAUCUCUAAAGCCUAUUUUGGUUUGUGGGAAAGAUUGUGGAGUGAUUGCUCACUCUUAUAACGAAAAUAACAGAGACUGAAGAUCCAAGUCACUGGAUAACUGAACAGAUGGAUCUAAGACCCGAGCAAAAUAAACUUAUUUAUUGCCUUUAUUUAUGGAGAGUAAACCAUUUUUGUACAUCGGAAGUAAAACAAGUGUUUAUUUAUCAGCAGGAAAUCUAAUGGUAAAUAUAAAUAAGCAUUUACAGGUUGAAAUGAAGAGCUGUACUUCCUGUUUCAACUGCGUGGGGAAUGCGGUCGUCUUUCUUUGUGUGACUUCACGCUUCAUCAGUUUUGUUUUCUACGUUCCGUUGCAAAUAUAUGCAGGACUGAAUCAUGUCAUAGCAAGCCAGUUCAUUGUGAAAGAGCCAAACAGCUUGACUAAACUGUGAAACAGACUGAAGAGGGAAGCUGAAGCAGGCUAAACUGAGGAAAUAAAAGUUUGUCCAUAAAGGAACUGUUUUGGAUCAGUCUGUUUAACAAUCUCCUGAUAUUACUUGAUAUUUACACAGUGAAUGACUUGAGGUUACGAGAUGGUUUUAAAAUUAUGUUACAGUCAGGAAAUCUCAGUAUUGAUGAAGUCAUAUUUUGCAUAUUCCACAACACAGACUUUGUUUUCUUGGUGGUAGUUACAUUUACAUUUAUGCAUUUGGCAAAUGUUUUCAUUCAAAGCAAUUUGUCAAAGAGCCAACGACAUUUGUAAUAUACAAAUUAUGCUUUAUUUGACAAACAGAUUAGAAUACCAUGAUGACCUUCUUAAAAAUCCUAAACACAUUUUGUACAGUUAUAUUCAGAUCAAUAUAAAUUGCUGUUAUGAUCUGAGGACAAGUCGUUUUUAGGAAGUUAUUAAUAGUGUAAUAUCAUCAGUUUGAUGAAAGGGAAAACCAAAGGCUGCACCUGAAAAAUAAAAAUUCUGUCCUGUUGUUCCAAAAUAGGAUAUUUUGAGAAAUGUCA